AGGGGGCCUGUCGUUAGCCGUCUGGUGCUGCCUCCCUCCGGCCUGGCAAUGCCACCUUCGCCCUUCGUUCCCGGGCCUGUGCAUCUGGCAACGUGGGAUGGGCCAUGCCCAGCCGCAAUUUCCUUGGGGAGAAGGGUGUUUCUCCUAUUUUUCCUGAGUCUUCUCUCCUUUUGCAGCCUUGGACCGAGCGCAGCGUCUCCGGAGACCUCGGGCUGAAGAUCCUCCCGGUGACGGUUGAAUCCGGACUUCUCUGAUUGGAGAGCAGUGGGGCAUGCUGUGGGCUGGACCUCUGGCGCCCCACUCAAGUUGGUGACCUCGUGCCUUGGACAGGCUUCCUGCUUCCUUCUGAGCAACAUGUCAGCCUUGCCUCCGUCCUGGCUCCUCGCCCUGUGCUCCCUGGGGCUGCUGGCCUCCCUCGGGUCAGCCUACCAACCCCCCAACAUCGUCCUGAUUUUUGCGGAUGACCUGGGCUUUGGAGACCUGGGCAGCUAUGGACAUCCCACCUCUGCCACCCCCAACCUGGACAAGAUGGCUGCCGAGGGCCUGCGCUUCACGGACUUCUACAGCAGCAGCUCCGUCUGCAGCCCUUCCAGGGCAGCCCUCCUGACUGGACGCUAUCAGACCCGGUCCGGCAUCUUUCCGGGCGUCUUUUAUCCCGGGUCGCAGGGAGGCCUCCCGCUGGCCGAGGUGACGGUGGCCGAAUUGCUGAAGGAGCAGGGCUAUGCCACCGCCAUGGUUGGCAAGUGGCAUCUGGGCCUGGGUCCCAACGGCAUGUUCCUGCCCACCAACCAAGGCUUUGACCACUUCUUGGGGGUGCCCUACUCACACGACCAGGGCCCCUGCCAGAACCUAACCUGCUUCCCUCCCAGCACUCAGUGCUUUGGGGUCUGUGACCAGGGGGUGGUCCUCGUCCCCCUCUUCCUGAACCGGAGCAUUGUGCAGCAACCGAUUUACUUCCCGCACCUGGAGGGCCACUACAACGCAUUUGCACGAGAUUUCAUCAUGGCUUCUGCCCAGCGCAAGCAGCCCUUCUUCCUCUACUACGCCUCCCACCAUACCCAUUAUCCCCAGUUUGGGAGCCAAAACUACACCGGCCGAUCCCCUAGAGGACCUUAUGGUGACUCCCUCCUGGAGUUUGAUGGAACCGUCGGCUUCCUCUUGCGAGCUUUGCAGGAUGCCGGGGUCCACAAAAAUUCGCUGGUGUUUUUCACGUCCGACAAUGGCCCAGAGACGAUGCGCGGGGGCCGAGGAGGAAGUUCUGGCUUGCUCAAAUGUGGGAAGGGGACGACCUACGAAGGGGGCAUGAGGGAACCAGCUGUGGCCUAUUGGCCAGGUCGCAUUGCGCCAGGUGUGACCCAUGAACUGGCCAGUACCUUGGACAUCCUGCCCACGGUGGCUGCUCUGGCUGGGGUGCGUCUCCCCAACGUCACGCUGGAUGGAUAUGACCUGAGCCCCGUCCUCUUCGGGAAAGGAGAGAGCCCCCGUCAGACCAUGUUCUUCUACCCGUCAGCUCCUGAUGAGCUGUGUGGGGUUUUUGCUGUCCGCUAUGGCAAGUACAAAGCCCACUUCUUCACCAAAGGAGCCUUCGCAAGCGCUGCCACCCCUGACCGGGCCUGCGGCGGCUUCACUGCUCUCACCCCCCAGGAGCCCCCCUUGCUCUUCGACCUCGAGAUGGACCCUGCGGAGAACUACAACCUCCUGCCAGCCGGGGCCCAGAAGCCCGGGAUCCUGAAGGUCCUUAAGGAGGCCCGCCUGCUGAAAGCUGCCUUCGACCAGGACAUGACCUUUGGGGAAAGCCAGCUGGCCUUGGGGAGCGACCCCUCGCUUCAACCGUGCUGCAGCCCCCAGUGCAGCCCCAAGCCCUCCUGCUGCCGCUGUGGCUCUUAGCCCCCCCACUCUUUCCUCGCACCCCCCGUCCGUGACCCACGUCUUGCUCUUCUUCCCCUGGCAGAAGAGCCGGGUUCGGUUUAGUACACUCCUGUUCUGUCCCCAACCCCACGCACACACACCAACAGACGUUCAGGAGUUAAAGACCAAACCAGCCGGCAAAAUCCUUUUCCUUAUGAUAACGGAACUUGGCAACAACCUAGUGGCUGCCUGCCAAGAGUUUAUUACUUACGAAGAGGAGAGAGAACUUCUCCCCGCUUCUGAUACAUCAAAGGAAAGCAGCUCAAUAAUUACGGAAUUAAUCAAGUCCAGAGAUACUCUAGCAAAGUCUUAAAGCAAAAGUCCGGCAAUGCAGAAUGGCGUGGAAGCUUUCAGCUUUGUUCGUCACAAAGUUUGACCGGCCACCACGCUCCCUUUUAUACCCUGUGGAGUGUGGUCCAGUGACUCAGCUAAUCUCUGGCACGCCUUCCCCUCUGUUGCACAUGCUUCUCCCUGCGCCACUGUUGAGGAUCCAGCCAGCACUUAUCUCCUUCGUCGCUGUCCACCUGUGGCUGUGGGGACGUGCUUGGCUCUGGGUCUAUCUCUUGGCCUUCGGUGUCCUCUGGAGGCAUUGCCAGAGAGGAGGGUCCUGGAGAGGGAGGCCUUGCCAACUCCUCUUCUUCACUCUCGGAGUCCUCUCCUGCCGAUGACACAGGCUCAGGUAACGGAGCCACAACAACUCCCAAGGAGUUUUUGCAAUUUUUUUUUUAAAAUCGGCAAACAAAAUUUAAUCCCAUCUUGCUUUCUGACACAGGCAAGUUCCGUGAUCCUGAGCAACCUCUUCUGCUGGAUGAGAAGUCCAGGUGCCCCCCCUUCCCCUCUUAGCAGCGAGGGGAGAAUGUCUCUCCUGCAGCUGCAUUUCUUCCCUUCUUUAAAACUCCAAACUCACCAGGAAUGGAGAUCAUGUCCCAUUCUUCCCCGUCAAAGACUAUCGGGGUUGGAGGCUGAAGGGGUCUUUUUCUGUAUCGUGGAUGCCGUAUUCCAAGGGUGGCCUUACCAGAGUGGCAUAAAGCAGGGCCAACCGUUCUUGGAAUCAUCCCUGUGUUGAUGCAACCCAGGAGUGCAUUGGCCUUUUUGGCAGCUGCAGCACACGGCUGGCUCAUGCUUAAGCAGCCCUCCAGUUUCCAGGCUGAGGUAGACAAGAGCUAGCGAGGAUUGCUCUAUGGCAGUGUUUCUCAACCUUGGAAGCUUGAAGAUGGGUGGACUUCAACUCCCAGAAUCCCCCAGCCAGCAGCGCUGGCUGGGAGAUUCUGGGAGUUGAAGUCCACCCAUCUUCAAGCUUCCAAGGUUGAGAAACAGUGCUCUAUGGAAUGUGAGGAUGAGUCCAGAGCCAGGGGUGAGGGGAGGGGGCAACUCACACAGAGGGAAAAGACAUGAAAUCACGAAUCUCUGCAUUUGGAAGCCGCCUCAGCCCUCCCCAUCUCUGCAACCUGCAGCAAAUGCAUUUGCAGCUUCCUUGCGAGGUGGUUGUGCAGCCCCAUCAAGCUGGAGAGAGAGUAACAACAAAAUAACUGAGUUGGAAGGGGCCUCGGAGGUCUUCUAGUCCAACCCCCUGCUCAAGCAGGAGAUCCUGUACCACUCUGGACAAAUGGCCGUCCAAUCACCUCUUAAAAACCUCCAGGGAUGGGGCACCCACAGGCGUGUUAGGAUGGAGAGAUGGUUGAAGCUGGCCAUGUUGCUCGCCUGGACUCUGAGGUUGUAAAAUAACUUUUCCCCUGCCAUGGGGCUGAAUAUCUGUAGCUCGGGUGGAGGAUGAGGGUUGGGGGGUUCAUUCUCUUGAGGUUGUGGGUUGGUUUCCAAAUGUUUCAUUACCAGGCUAGGUAACUGUCAGGGUUCCAAGCAAGGCACCCAUAGAAAGCAGAACUCCAAGGCAGGCAAUUUCCCCAAAGAACAGUUUUUUUGGAUACAUCAUAUUGGCACAACUGGUGAAAGCCGACUCUGAAAGUUCCUGGGGCUUUCACCAAAUUAAAAAGUAAAAGUUUCCCCUUUCUCCCAAGUCACUGCUGUCCAAUCCCAGGUGCUGGCCGGUUGCUUGGUUACUUGGCUCCUCCCCUGGCCAGCCACCUGUGAGAAUGUCCUUGGUUCCCACAGGAAAGCUUUACUGUUUCGGCUACAAAACCCCAUCUAGCUAUUCCCCCCCCCCUUCCCUCUUAUGUGGCAACCCUGAUGCCUCCAAGACGGCUUCAGCCAGGUUCACUUCAGGGUUGACAGUAACAUCUUCAGUGGGGUUUAGGGGAGGUCAGUGCUGGUGUUUUUCUGCUUGUAAAGGGCCUCGUGUGGUCAGUAGAUCUUGUGAUGGGAAGGUCGUGUCAGGGGAGGGUCCCGUCGUAGAAAGAGCUUCUUCCUUGAGUGAACAUGUCCUGUUUCUCAAUUGAGUCACGUCUGUGAUGGCCCCCCUUGAGUCCUUGGCCCAGUGGGACCUCAGCAAGAUCCCACCUAUAUUGGCCAUUCUUGCUUUGUUAUUUAUUGAUUAGAUUUGAUAUUGGGGUUGCCUGGGUCUAGAGAUCGAUCCCUUGACCCAUCACAAGACCCUCACGUAACGUGACCCUCACCUGACGUGACCUCCCAUCACUAGACCUACUGGCCACACGAGGCCCUUAGAAGCAGAGAAUAUCAACACUGACACCCCCUAUACUCCACUGAAGGUGUCACCUCGCCUGGUAAUAAAAUGUUUGGAAGUGUUUUAUUACGCUUUAUUACAAGCUCAGAGAAGGUUCCCAACUAACUUUCCCCUCUUUUCUUAAUUCGCUGCUACCCCCCCUUCCCCCCGGAAGGCUCUUCCAAAAUUCCUAGGAUUAUGUCUAACAAAAGCACUUUUAAAAAGCCCUAAGGGGCAGCCCAGGCAUUGACAUCUAUGAUGUUGGGUUUCUUUCUACUGCUUUCUUCAAAGAUCCGAAAAUGCUAAUUGUUUAAUUUGAAGUUUAAUUUUAAUAUUUUUUUUAAAAAAAGUUUAAACUGUGGACAUUAUGACAAAGAGAAGUCCCGUGUGAUUUUUCUGUAUUUGGAAAAUAAAUUCUUGAUUUCUUAAA